UCACCGCUCUCAUUGGACAGAUCACAUUCACAACCCAACUUCCUCAGUCGCUGCAAUCACAGCAUUCACCUAAAACCUCCACUUCAGAGUCCGAAACUUUCGAGUGACGGACUUCACACGUUUCCACUAUCCCAAUUCGAACAAGAGUCACACUCGAGGGAUUGAUAAAUAGAUAAAGUUUAAAGGUACAGUCUUACAGAGAAAGAGUUGUCAAACAUAGUAUCCAAGAAAAAGAAGUAAAGGCAAUGGCUUUCUCGCCGGUAAUGUCGUCCGGACCUCAUCUCUACCUGCCAAGAAGAAUACCCACAAACCUCAAAGCACCUCCGAUUCACUGCUCGUCGUCUUCGUCUCUGGUUUCCACCCAGUUCGAUCUGAAGGGAUACUGGACGACCUUGAUUGGCGAGAUAAACCAGAGUCUGGAGGAGGCGAUUCGGGUGCAGUACCCGGAGAAGAUCUACGAGGCCAUGCGGUACUCGGUGCUAUCAAAGGGGGCCAAGCGAGCCCCACCCGUCAUGUGCGUCGCCGCUUGCGAGCUCUUCGGUGGCAACCGCCUUGCUGCCUUCCCCACCGCAUGCGCCCUCGAAAUGGUUCAUGCAGCUUCACUGAUCCACGACGACCUUCCCUGUAUGGAUGAUGACCCUUCACGCCGAGGCCAGCCCUCAAACCACACACUGUAUGGAGUUGAUAUGGCAAUCCUGGCCGGGGACGCUCUCUUUCCACUCGGCUUUCGCCACAUUGUCUCCCAUACACCUUUUGACCUCGUGCCUGAGGCCCGUCUUCUUCGUGUGAUCACAGAGAUUGCCCAAGCUGUAGGGUCCACCGGCAUGGCUGCUGGUCAGUUCCUUGACCUUGAGGGCAGUUCCAAUUCUGUUGAAUUCGUGCAAGAAAAGAAGUUUGGGGAAAUGGGUGAGUGCUCUGCAGUGUGUGGAGGGUUACUAGCCGGUGCUGGAGAUGACGAAAUACAGAGAUUGAGGAGUUAUGGGAGAGCUGUUGGGAUGUUGUAUCAAGUUGUGGAUGAUGUUUUGGAAGAGAAAUCGAGGAAAUUUGAGGAAACUAAAGAGCCAAAGAAGGGGAAGAGUUAUGUAGGAGUGUAUGGAGUUGAUAAGGCAAUGGAGGUGGCAGAGGAGCUUAGGGCCAAGGCCAAGAGGGAAUUGAAUGGGUUUGAGAAGUAUGGUGAGAGUGUGGUACCUCUUUAUAGCUUUGUGGAUUAUGCUGCUGACAGAGGUUUUAGUGUUGGUGAUGCAAGUUAAUGGAGUUUCAGCAGAGCUGAUGUCGGCAUCGAUGAGGACUACCCGAUUUGUAUCAGUAACUCAGUUGUGAUUAUAUAUUGCUGAUAUCUGGUGGCCUGAGCUUCCUUCUUCUUCUUUUCCAUUUUGGCUCAACUCUUGUUCUAGAACGAGUUUAUUAUCUAAGUGCCAUAAAACCUCAACUAUUAUUGCAA